GUUUCUGCAUCUAUGUACUAGUUACUAGUUGGUAAUCAUGAAUGAAGAGAGGGCUUUAGCGGGCUUCAAUUCCAGAACCACUCCCACUCCCACACAACUCGACGACAACGGACUACUCACUUUACGAGACAUGAGGCUUCUAAAGUCGUUCGCCACAUGUUUGCUCGGAGCGGCUUCCUGGAAGACCCUCUGGUUUGAACAGCAAAUCGACCACAGUAGCGACAUUGGAACCUUCUCGCAGCCACACGGAUUGAAUCAGUUGCAAUCGAAAUACUCCCUUUGUUGUCCAGCCAGUCCUCGUGGUAUCCCGUUGGAGGCGCUAUCUCCUGGAUGAUGACCAGGCUCGCGCUGAUGGGCCGGUGCUGUUUUUCUGCGGCAACGAGGGCGACAUCGAGGUCUUUGCCAACUUCAGCGGCUUCCUUAGAGAAGCUGCGACGGCCUUGGGCGCUCAGUUGGUCUUUGCCGAGCAUCGCUUCUACGGGCAAAGCCUCCCCUUCGGCCCAGAUUUUGGCCGCUUGCAGGUUCAGUACCUCAACGUCGAACAGGCACUUGAAGACUACGCGCAACUCAUUCGGCUCAUAUGGAGGGAUGUUAAGCAGCUGGAUGCGAGCCAAGUAUCCUGAGCUCAUCUUUGCUGCAGUGGCUUCCUCAGCCCCUGUCCACUUCGACCGCGUGGGCGGCUCCUUCUUCCGCAUGGUCACCGAUGCGGCGGAGGCGGUGAGCCCUGGCUGCGCACAGCGAGUGCGCCGUGGCUUCGCAGCCGCGACGUCUCAGAGCAGACAGCACUUGCGGGCGGCCUUCAGCCUUUGCAACGAUGAUGUCCGUUUGGAUGAGCUAAUCCUGUGGGCGCGGAAUGCAUUUGUCACAGUGGCCAUGGGGAACUACCCCUAUGCGACAAAUCUGUUCGGUCAGGGCCUCAAAGCGUGGCCUUUGAAGUCUGCUUGUGAGCAGAAGGGCCUCAAUGCACUGGAGUUUUUGGCCAAAGCUGUGGGUUCCUACUACAAUGCUACAGGAGGUGUCAUUUGCCACAACAUUACGGAAGAAUACCGGGAUUGUGCAGAUCAAACUGGUUGUGGCAAUCUGCAUUCUGCGUGGGGCCGCUCGUGGGACGUUGAAGCCUGUCGACAAAUUGUUUACUACACUUCAACAAACAAUGUCACAGACAUGUUUCCUGCCAAAGAAUGGGGCCCACGUCAGCUGUCCCAAUAUUGCAAGCAGACUUGGAACAUCACACCAGAGACUUUCUGGUUUGGGCCAUGGUUGUCGAAGAUUCAGCAAAGCAGCCACAUUAUUUUUACCUAUGGACUUUCAGAUCCAUGGAGAGGCGGUGGAGUGUUGAAUUCCUCGCGCCGCUCCGACCUGGUGUCCUUGAAGAUUCGAGAAGCGGGGCAUAUCUACGACCUCGCAGCAUCUCACCCGGAUGAUCUUCCUGAUGUUCGGAAAGUCAGGCAGCGCAUCAUCGCAUUGCUCCGCGAGUGGUUGGCGUCGGGUGAAGUGGUCGUAUGACCACACGAAACAACGAACAUGUUUCCGGAAAAAGAGGGUUUCGGGCGCCUUUUGCUUUGAGAUGUGUGAUAUCGGGUGCAAAAGACAGAAGAUUUGAAGUGCAGGAGACCCAAGAGUUGUCGCAA